AUGGGUGAGGAAACAGCACCAGACACAGUGGUGGAGGUGGAUGCCAAUAGGAGUGAAAGUGGGAGGGCCCUAGCUGCUGAUUCCAUUGGGAGGCUAAACGGCGCCCCAGCUGUAUCUCCUGGCAACGACAAAGGGGACGAUCCAAGCAACAUCUGCCCAGAUUGCGUGCCGAUUCAACCUCCAAGAAUGGAUAUGCCACCCCAGUGUCAUCCACCUCUGGUGCUACAUCUUCUGCCACCUCGCUCAGCCAAUGUUGGAGCUCCAGAAUCCAGUGGAGCAUCCAAAGACAAUCCUGUCAGCUCCACACAAUCUUCAAAGGAUUCUAGCAAGGAAGAAGAGCGUGAAGAGGACAACAGUAAGGACUUGGCCACCGAUGAAGAAGAACAAGACGAAACUCUGGAUUCUUUGGUGGAAGAUGCGAAGGACAGGGAUGAUGAGUCUGAAAAGGAAACUCUGGCAAUGUCUGAGCACACGAAAGAUGGCGACCAGGUUCGAACGAGCUUGUGCUGUCUUUAA